AUGUCGCAAAAGAAACCCAACACUGGUCCCAUCCCCUCCAACCCUUCCGAUCCCGGUAAAGUCAAAGUCAGUCCAGAGGACUAUAGUCAAGGCGAACGAGCAUACGAGAUCGUCGAGCACAUGUACGUUCAACUUCAAACCGAGAUAGACCACCGUGCCUCCCUGGGUAUCCCAUACGAUCCUCAUCUCGGUGCCGCUUUUCUUGCCGUAUCACAGACACGCGCAGAUCUACGAGAAAGAAUCGAUGAUUAUAAGGCUUACCUUGAGCCCGACAAGGUAUUCGACAAGGUAUUGGAGAAUUAUCCGAAAGAUUCGAUGAAGAAGGAAGGAGUAUGGUUGGGUGAAGGGAAUGACCCUUUCGUCAAUACCGCCAAGGGGAUCUUUUCCGAUAUCAAUUCGUUCGCCCAGGAGAAUUUCCCAGCCAAGGAAGCUGCCGUUACGUGGCUGGAGGAUUAUCGACUUCAGAGCGGGAUAAACGAGCAAUUGGAGAAAGCAGGCGCUUUGAAUCCAGCCGGUAAUGUCGGAGGACAAGCACCCAAAAUCGAGGAAUUACAGAAUAGCAGGAUGAGGAAGGAUUUGGAAGAGGAACGAAGGGCAGAGGAAAGGGCGGAACGGCUGUGGAAAGCUGAAACGGGGAGGCUGAAGGACGUGAAUGGAAAAGAAAUCAAGCCCAGUGAGAUUGACAUGACUCAAGCUCAGAGAGACAGGACCCGAAAGCGAGCCGAUAAGGAACGUAAAAAAUUGGAAGAUUGGGAGAAGCAUGUCAAGGAGGAACAGCUAAAACCUGUUCAAGAGAAGGAAGAGGUCGAGGAACGGGAGAGGAAGAAACGGGAGUUUUGGGACAAGUUCGACAAGGAGAGAGUCCAGAAGGAGAAGGAGACUGAGAAAAGGAGAAAAGAACAGGAGAAGAAGUACAAACCGGCCGGAAGGGUUCUAAGAUCCAAAUGA